ACAUGUCUAGUAGCAGUUCACUCCAGAUUCUGGGUGAUGUUACACAGCGAAAACACAUGCGCGCAGCAGUUCUAGAAAAUUGAGAGUUAGCACGCCCCCAGCAACAAGCAAAGUGAUCUAAGUGGGAUUACAGGUAGUGUUGGGGAAAAAAAUAGCGUUUUUAAAAUUCGAGCAUGUUCUAUUAGUAUCUAGAAUAUUAAAUACAUUUACAGCAUGUUGUCAGUAAUGAAACGUGUAUUUCUUGUCACGAUCUCGACGAGUGUACUGUCUGUAGUAUAGUAAUCUAAACAAGGUGCACUAGAUUGUCUCAGAUCUGGCAAGAGCAGCUUUAACAAUGGAGGAUUUUGAAGGACAGUUUGCCACACUUUCCAUUGCGAAACGAUCAGAACAGACUAAAGACCCUACAUACCUGCUGGACAUCGAUUGUUCGAAAACAGCAGCUGGAGCAGGGAACCAGCAGUUAGUCGCAGUUUCCUGUUCAAAUCGAUCAAUACAUGUAUACAACAAACAAACAUUGGGCCUAGUGGGACAGUACAGUGGCCAUUCUGGUCCAAUUUGUGGUGUCAGAUUUGCCCAGAUGUCUGACAAUCUGCUGUUCUCCGCCUCUGGUGAUGGUACAGUGAGGUGCUGGGACGUACGCACACCUGGCAUAGACGCUGUACAGGUCUUUAGAGGAUACCCUUCCAAUGUCUUUAGCAGUUUCGAUGUGAACUGCAGUGAUCUGGUCAUCUGUGCAGGCACAGAGAAAGUGCAUGAAGACACUUUGAUGGUCUUCUGGGAUGCACGGGUUGUUAAAAGUAACAGCACAGCUGGGCCUCAGCCUUUAGGGGUCUAUUCCGAAUCACACAACGAUGACAUCACUCAGGUACGUUUCCACCCCAGCAAAUCAGACAUGGUGGUUUCAGGUUCCACCGAUGGGCUGGUCAAUGUGUUCGAUAUCGGUACAGACACCGAAGAUGACGCCUUGCUUGCAACAUGCAACUCGGAUUCUUCAGUCAGUUCCAUCAAUUGGUCUGGGGAGCAGUACGAUCAGAUCUGUUGUCUUACCCACGAUGAGGGUUUAUUCUGGUGGGACCUUGCACAGCUGGAAACAGAAGAGCCAAUUACACUGUUGAGUGUUCAAGAUGCCCGUGAAACAACAGAAAUGCAAGGUGGGCGCUUGGACUAUUUGAUCAGAGGAAUGUACCAUGAAAGAGCAAAGAAGCUGGUCGUUGUUGGUGGAACGAACACCGGGAAGCUUCAUCUUCUGGAUUGCAGAGCUGAGGGGCUGAGGCAUAUGUGUGCUCUACAGGACAGCCACUCCGCGACCGUGCGCUGCUUCCACUGGCAUACAGGAGAUGACUCUCUGCUCACUGCUGGGGAGGAUGCACAGCUCCUGCUUUGGAAGCCAGGUGCUGUAGAACUUUCCACUGCAAAAAAGGGCUUGAUGAAAAGUGCCUCCUCCAUCCAGCAGAAAACCAGGGUUCAUGGCAAAACAAUGUGCAAAAGGAAGAAGUGAUUGAAAACAACUCAAACAAAUUUUUUUUCUUUUAUGAACAGUUUCUGCAGAUAUCUGUAGUGAUACAAAAGCAGGGGGAUUAUAGUAUGAGUGUGCUUUUGUUUAAAUGUUUUAGGGACUUGUUUACAGUUUAUUGUAAUUUUAUUUUAAACUUUUAUUUUAGCUUUGGGGACUGGCAAAUGAUAUGGACCUUACUACUGGCUAAUAAAAAAAUAAUACUGCUUCAUAAGGUUUUCAUGGCUUGAAGCAUGCCUGAAUUGGAUCUUUCAGAUCAUGUGUUGCAAGAAUCACAUUAAGGACGCAGUGUAACAUGGAUUUUGUGUUAUUUGGUUGUUAACCUACAAAAGAACAGAAGAAAACCCCUCACAAUAAUGAAAACAGACCCGUUUACUGUAAGACUAAACCACAUGGGCCAGUGUCCUUUAUAAAACAUGCCACCAGAGAAAAUGCAGCCAUCAAUUUGUAUUAUUUGCAGUUGUUGCUGGACUGGUUUUAUUGAUUCCACCAUCCAUUAAUAUCUGAAACAGAGGCUAAUACAUCACAUCGUUCUUACUGUCAUAUUUCCUUUAGAACUUUCCCUUUUGGUUUAAUAUUUGCUCCCUCUGGAGUUCAUUUUAUGAACCUAAUUGUAUAUUGAAUUAUUUACUUUAUUUCAGUAAGAUUAAUUUGGCCUAAACUUUGUGUGUUGGAUUAAUUAAGAUAUUUACAUUUGUAAAUGUAUUCCUGAAUUGUACUGUAUGCCUGUCAUAUAUUUUCAAAAUAUUCAGGUUCACAUACUGCAUGUAAACCUUUAAGAAUGUAUUUUAUGAAAUGUCUUUAUGAAUUAUGAGCAAUAGGAUACAGUUGGCAGCUAUGUCACCUCCAGCUAUUACAUGUGCUAUUAAAGUUGAUAAAAUCUCA